GAACUUGUCUUGAGUUUGCAGCCUGAGGGAGGAUGGAGAAGCUGUCAGAAAAAGACAAGGAGCUGAUACGAGGCAGCUGGGAGAGCCUGGGCAAGAACAAAGUCCCCCAUGGUGUCAUCUUAUUUUCCAGACUGUUUGAGCUGGACCCUGCGCUCCUCAGUCUGUUCCACUACAGUACAAACUGUGGCUCCACACAAGACUGCCUCUCCAGCCCUGAGUUCCUGGAACAUGUCACCAAGGUGAUGCUUGUGAUCGACGCAGCAGUCAGCCACCUGGAUGACCUUCACUCCUUGGAGGAAUUUCUGCUCAACCUUGGGAGGAAGCAUCAGGCGGUUGGCGUCCAUACCCAGUCAUUUGCUAUGGUGGGUGAGUCCCUUCUCUACAUGCUGCAGUGUAGUCUGGGCCAAGCCUACACAGCACCGCUGCGUCAAGCUUGGCUCAACAUGUACAGCAUCGUGGUAGCAGCCAUGAGCCGAGGGUGGGCCAAGAACGGCGAGGACAAGGCUGACUGAGGCGCACAGCGGGAGCUUCUGAGCAGAUGCUGUCAAAUCACUCAAAGUGGUUGCCAUGGAAUGCUGUACAUUUGCUCUGUAAGUGGGGUCGCGUAGUGUAGCAAAUGUCUGGUGUGGUUACACUUUACAAUUGGAUCGACCAAUCGCAGAGUUUAUUUUCUGUGCUGUGGAGUUUUAGCUACCAGGCAUUGCUGCUGUACAGCUGUGAGGACCAAAGCAAGCCUGCUUAAGUUCUUCUAAGUCUGGACCUGUUAUCUAAGAGCCUCACACUGAGAAAAAGCAACAACUGUUGAGUCUCUUUGUAUAUAACAGCUUUGAUUUAUCUACUUAUCUACAAACGAUUGCAGUGACUGUAGUGGUCUUUGUGCUGUAUCUUAAAAGAAUUGCACAAUUGUGAAACACUAGAUAUUAUAUUUAGGCAUCACCCACUAUUCAAACUGUGAUGGUUACUGUGGCCAGCAUGGGCAGCUCUCUAUCGAACUGGAACACAGUGAUACUUGACAAAACAUGUGAAGUUUUGGAACAAAGCAAUGUGAUUUUACAGAAGAAAGUCCUAUCACCUUAACCAUGAUCAUAACUGUGUUUUCUGAUGAUAUUACAGAUCAUUACACCUCUUUUCUGUGUGUGACGUUAACAUUUGCAACUUGUUAAAAAUGAUAUUCAGUAGAUAUUGACAAGAACUGUUAUACUCUGACAGCUUUGAUCAGAGAUCUAUGACUGUUAAGGCGUCCACAUGCACCUCACUCGACAUGGUGUGUGAUUUUCUCCUCAGUAGAGGUUAUGAGUAUUUUAAUAGGCUUCAGCUGACUGUUAAAUUCUAACUAAUAGACUGUUAUGUGACCCUUUUUUAGAGUUUAGAAAUAAAAGGCCGUCUUGGAGGAAUUUUAAAAUCUUUCUUCCUUGGCUAUCCAUUUUCAGUCAUUGUGUAAAGUAGUUUUGUUGUACUGUAGUCGCUUAUCUCAGUAAUGCUUAUUAACUGUGUUGUUGUGGCUACAAACAUAGUAUUACUUCAGAUUUAGAGGUGAAGAAUAAGCAGAUGAAUAAGCAGAGUGGCCUGCAUUUCUCCAGCACAAACCCUCUUGCAUGGAAGUGCGGCUGGAAAUGAAUUAUUAUUUUGGAUUAUGAAACAAACGUAAUUGUUAUCCUUUUAAUUUAUUAACUCAAAACCAAUAAUAUAGAGACAGUGUGUGCUGUCUGUAGACACUGUCCAAAAUGUGUGUUCUUGUUAUUGCUACAACACUGUAUGUAUAAUCCUCAGCUGUUAUAUUUACAUUCAUGAUCAUAAUGCCAAGUAACUUAGCAACAGUGCGCCAAGUGUUAGAUAAUAACACCAUACAACUGUAAAUCCAAGCUGCUGAUAUGUGGUUAUCAUUGCUUUAGCCUGAGUUUUACUUUUAUAAAGUUUAUUUUUAUAUUCUCAAAUGUAUGUGUAGUUAAAUAGCAUUCUUUUUUUUUAUUUUCAAACGUGAUGUACCGUACAUUAUAUCCUUCAUUUAAACAAAACAAUAGAAAUAACUUCUAAAUGUGCAGUCCUUUCAGAUAAUUGUAAAAGCUGAGUUUUCUAUUGAACUAUUUUAUCCCCGCGUGGUAUGUUCAGUCUGUUCUUUCCAGCACACAGGUGUAAUGUUUAUGAACUGACUAUGUAGGUGGUGUAUUUGUAGUGGUUCUUUUCUUAGCACACUGGAGGUUGUUGUUCUCCAUGUCUCUUGUGUUCACUUACCUGAGAUUAGGUAUUUUUUGUCAGGCAUUACCAACAACUGCCAUGUUAUCCUGUUAACAUCCAGCUCUGUACAUAUUGGGUGUGUCACUGUCUACCUCAUCAUUAUCAGCUGCUACUGAACAGUGAUGACUUCACCUAGUUAUCCUUCAACCAAAAACGCACAAUAUUAUUAAGGUUAAUGCAAGCACGCACUCUUUGUAAAGUGGAUUAUGUCCUACACUUUUAAAGGAAACAUGUUGUGUGCUUACUUGAGAUGAAAUAAAGUGAUCUUCUGUGGAAA